AUGGCGCGCAAGCACAGCAACCCCAUGACCAAUCCGCUGCACUAUGCGACGCCGCAGCUUCUCACCGGCGCGCCAGUGACAUACACCACUGCUCAGCGAAAGCUCAUCGGAUACGACUAUGUCAUUGUCGGCGGCGGAUGCGCUGGCUGUGUGCUCGCGUCCAAGCUCUCCGAGGACAAAGACGUGACGGUGCUGCUCCUCGAGGCGGGCGGCCCUCACACGGGCAUCCUCGAGGCGCGCGUGCCGCUGCUCUUCUCCAAGCUCUUCCACGGGGAGCACGACUGGGACUACUCGACCGUGGAGCAGCCGGGCCUGGCGUACCGACGCAUGUACUGGCCGCGCGGCAAAGUGCUCGGGGGCUCGACCACCAUCAACGCCAUGAUGUACCACCACGGGACCCGGUCCGACUACGACGAGUGGGCCGACGCGCUGGGCUGCAAGGGCUGGUCGUACGCGGACCUGGCGCCGUACCUGCGGCGCAUGGAGAACUUUACCGCCAACCCGCAGCGGCCGCCCAUUGACCUGCAGCACCGCGGCACCGGCGGCGAGUGGCAGACGGGCUACUCGCACCUGUCGCCCAUGGUCGAGGGCGGCUUCCUGCCGGCGUGCGCCGAGGCCGGCAUCCCGGCCACGCCCGACAUCAACACCGAGGCCGGCACGCUGGGCGUCAGCCGCUUCCAGACCUUCAUCGACAGCAAGGGCGAGCGCUCGUCCAUGGCGACGGCGUUUUUGACGCCCGCGGUGCUGCGCCGGCCCAACUUGUACGUCGCUUGCCACGCGCACGUCACGCGCGUGCUCUACGACCGCCUCGACAGCAACAAGCAGCCGUGCGCCAUUGGCGUCGAGCUCAUGAGCAAGCGCGGCGGCGAGCGCUUCGAGGUGCACGCCCGGCGCGAGGUCAUUCUGUCGGGCGGCGCCGUCAACACGCCGCAGACGCUGCUGCUGAGCGGCAUCGGCCCCGCCGAGGAGCUGCGGAAGCUGGGCAUCUCCGUCGUCAAGGACAAUGCCGCCGUCGGCCGCAACCUGAAGGACCACCUCUGCCCGACGGGCGUCCUGCUCAAGAGCAAGACGGCGUUUACGUACGACUACCUCAACAGCAACCUCUGGGCGAUCCCCGCGCUGCUGCGCUGGCUCGUCACCGGCGGCGGCCCGCUGUCGAGCAACGUCGGCGAGGCGGCCGCGUUUAUCCGCACCGUGGACCACCUUUCGCCGGCGACGAGGCCGGAGAACCUGCCCAAGGACUACUCGUCGGGCGGUGUCGGCCCGGAUGUCGAAAUCUUGGGCGCGCCGAUUGCCUUUAUCCAUCACGGCGAGGAACCGGCGCCAGACAAGACGGGCGUCUUUUCCGUCGGGCCCUGCCUGCUGCGCCCGCAGAGCGCGGGCACCAUUACGCUCAAGUCGACUGACCCAUUCGACCACCCCAUCAUCGACCCCAAGUACUUUAGCGACGAGGGCGACAACGACCGCAAAGUCAUGCUCGCUGCUCUGCGCCUGUCCAUCAAGAUUGCGCAGAGCCCGCACUGGAAGCCGUACGUCGAGGAGAUUCCCCGCUGCGACGAGCCCGGCCAUCUCUGGUGGCCGUCGUCGAGCAGCGACCCGGACAGCAUCCCCGACGAGCAGCUGCUGGCCUUUAUGAAGGAAAAGGCCUUUACGCUGUACCACCCGGUCGGCACGGCGCGCAUGGGCCCCGAGGAAGACGCCGGCAACAGCGUCGUGGACCUGGACUGCCGCGUGCACGGCGUCGGCAGGCUGCGCGUCGUCGACGCCAGCGUCUUUCCCGAGCAAAUCAGCGGCCACCCGACGGCGGUGAUUGGCGCCAUUGCUUACAAGAUGAGCGAUGUCAUCAAGAGGACGUUUACGCCGGCCGGACCGCCCUUGGCCAAUCUGUAA